AUGGCGCUCUGCGCCAACCCCGAGCGCACAACGAUCCAGGCAAGGCUGCCGGAGCCGCCCACGGGCACCGCCGAGGUUGAAGGAGCACCGGCGCCGGCGCUAGCACCCGAGCCAAGCCGGCCGGCGGAGCCGAGGCAGGCAGACGUGGUGAUGGAGGCGGGGACAGCGGAAGCGGCGGCCGUGCCAAGGCCAGUAGACGCGGCGGCCGAGGCAGGUACGGUGGAAGCAGCGGCCGCGUCAGGGCCAGUGGAUGUGGCGGCCGAGGCGGGGACGCAACCGUCGCCCGAGCCCCCGGCGCUGGUCGAACCUACCCCGAGCGUGCCGAGCCUGGGGCGGAUGAUGGCGUUGCAACCUUCGGGGUCCCCUAACCCCCCGGAGGAGGCUCGCGGGGAACCUAGCGCCCAACCGGCGCCCGGCUGGCCUGCCGACCCCUUCCUGGUCGCGAUCGAGUGUGUCCAGGUGGAGGUCGAGCGGCUGGGCGCGGCGGUGGACAUGAAGGAGGAGCAGCUUGAAGCGGAGUGCGCCAGGCUAGACUCGGAGAGGGCGCAGCUUGCGGCCGCCUGGCGCACCUUCGAAUCCCGCCUCGCCGCGCAGCGCGCCGCCAACUAG